CCGAGGAGGCUGCGAUCACAUAAACACACGGGAUCUUAUGACUGCUGGUAGCAAAACCUGAACAUUGGGCGGGCGGGGGAAACAGCCAGCGCUGUGCUGCUUGACUGGCCCGGGGAAGCAGGAGGGAAGCAUCAAUGCCUCCGGGUCGCUUCUUGCUCAUCGGUCUGGACCUGUUCUCGCCAUCGGGCCUCCUGCGCUGAGAGAAUGAAAGGAUGGAUGAACGACGAUGCGGCGGGGACAACGGAGGGCUGAAGGAUGCUGCUGCAGCGACUCGCCGGGAUGAGGAGCAGCAUCACAACACGAUGAAUUCACCGGAGGAAGCAGGAGCGGAGAGUCUGUCUCUGGAGGAGAUACUGAGGCUUUAUAACCAGCCCAUCAAUGAGGAGCAGGCAUGGGCGGUGUGUUACCAGUGCUGCAGGACGCUGGCGAAGGAACACCGGGGCAGAAGGAGCUCCGCUGCCACCGCCGCCGGAGCAUCAUCAGCAGCGGCACCGCGGAGGAUAUCCGGACCGGGGGAUGUUAGAAUACAAAAAGACGGGUCUGUGAGAAUGGACCACCAGGGCUGUGAAGGUAAAUACAGCCCUUGCACAACAACAGAGGUGAUCGAGUCUCUGGGGAUCAUGAUUUACAAGGCUCUGGACUACGGGCUGAAGGAGAAUGAGGAAAGGGAGCUGAGUCCUCCUCUGGAGCAGCUCAUUGACCUCAUGACCAACAUGGCUGAGGCCGAGAGGGACGCCUGCCCAGAUGAAGGCUAUGAGGCCACAGAGGAAGAGGAUGAGGUGGAGGAUGACCCUGAUAACAUGUCCAGUAUUCGUGGAUAUGGAGAUAUCCUUAAGCUGUGUACAGCUCAUCUACCCAGUGUGUCAGAUGCACCCAGUCACUACCAGGCAGUGUGCCGAGCCCUGUACACAGAAACCAGAGAGCUGCGCACUUUCCUGGAGAAGAUCAAGAGUGCCAAAGAGAACCUCCGUAAGAUGGAGGAGGAGUCAUCGGAGGAGCCUGGCCGAGACCUGAACGAGUUGCAAAAUGCUGACUGGGCUCGAUUCUGGGUUCAGGUGAUGAGGGACCUGCGUGAAGGAGUCAAGCUGAAGAAGGUCCAGGAGCGUCAGUACAACCCUCUGCCUAUUGAGUACCAGCUCACUCCCUAUGAGAUGCUCAUGGAUGACAUCAGGUCCAAACGCUACAAACUGCGCAAAGUCAUGGUCAAUGGAGACAUCCCACCGAGAUUAAAGAAAAGUGCUCAUGAAGUCAUCCUGGAGUUCAUCAGGUCCAGACCACCUCUCAAUCCUGUGUCAGCUCGGAAGCUGAAGCCACAGACUCAGCCUCCUCCCACGCUGCACGAGCGGAUCCUGGAGGAGAUCAAAGCAGAGAGGAAACUUCGCCCGGUGUCUCCUGACGAGGUCCGCAGGGGAAGGCUGGAUGAGUUUAGUCCACGCAUGGGCAGGAGGACAUCCAGCUCUCUGUCUCUUGCCAACGGAUCUGCAUCUCCCCGAGUAGAACCCUCCGGAUCUCAGUCUGUUCCUCAGAGGAAGAGGCUCCUGAAGGCUCCCAGCCUCGCCGAGCUGGACAGCUCCGACUCUGAUGAUGAGAUUGUUGGACACAAAUCAGUGAGCAGCUCCAGUGUGGCGACAUCUCUGAUGGAUGACACAUCCCCAGAGUCUGUGCCGGGGAAGAAAACUCCGCCCAUGUUCCUGCCCAUCUCCUCUACACCUCAGCCAGAGAGGCGUCACCCCCCGAGGAGGCACUCCAUCGAGAAGGAAACGCCCACUAAUGUCCGACCAUUUCAGCCGCCCUCCAAACAGAGCUCGAAGUCCCUGGAGGAGUUCUGUUUUCCCGUGGAGUGUCUGUCUCUGACGGUGGAGGAGGUGAUGCACAUCAGACAGGUGCUGGUGAAGGCAGAGCUGGAGAAGUUCCAGCAGUACAAAGACAUCUACAACGCUAUGAAGAAGGGAAAGCUUUGCUUUUGCUGUCGAACCAAAAGGUUUUCCUUCUUCACCUGGUCCUACACCUGCCAGUUCUGCAAAAAGCCUGUGUGUUCACAGUGUUGCAAAAAGAUGCGGCUGCCAUCCAAACCUUAUUCCAGCUUGCCCAUCUAUUCCAUUGGCUCGACCAACACUCUCCCCAGGGAGAGAAUAAGUUCCAUGGCUGCUGUAGGACAGGGACUGUCAGUGGCUGGAGGGCCAGGUCCAUCUACACUGGGAUGGGCUGCUGCUGCGCCCCCCACCUCGAAAGAAGCUGCAAAAGGUGCAUCUAAAGGUGCCGGAAAAGCUUCUGGAGCAGCAACAGCUGCUAAAUCGGACAAGUCUUCCGGUAACCCACAGCGCCACGGCAUCCAGAAGACCAUGUCUAAGUUUUCAAAGCACGGCUCUUUAAAGUCUCAUGAAGAACUGGAGCUUCCCCCAGAGCUGACAGAGGACUGGGCUACCAUGGAGGUCUGUGUGGACUGCAAGAAGUUCAUCUCUGACAUAAUCGCCUCCAGCAAACACAGUCUGUCAUUGGCCACCAAGAGGGCUCGCUUAAAACGCAAGACCCAGUCCUUCUACAUGUCCUCCCCUAAAGGAAGGGAAGAGUACCAUCCCUCCGAACGAACAAUCAGCGAAAUCUGAAACAUCUCAUCUCUUUGUCUGGCUGUUUCCAGCUCCAAUGGCACAAAACUGGACAUGAUCCUACUGUAUAAGUGGACUUGAGUCAGAGAAAGCUGCCUGAAUGGCUGUAUGAACCUUGGUGGUGGAUAGUGUGGUUUUGGCUGCUGCAUCCUGCUCGUGAUCAGCUUCUCUAGACAACAACACACUGUAGAUCUGCCAGUCUGUUUUGUGCGUGUGUGUUUUUUAAAUAUAAUAAUAUAUCAGAAAAUCCUUUAAACUGUGGACACAGACAUUUGACUCAACAGAGACAAAGUGCAAAGCAAAGGGGACUGACUUCCCUCCUCUCUGAUGGUGCCACAGUCCCGUCUACCCCAACUCGCGCUCAUAUAAAAGCACAAAAUGGAGGAACGGUCGUAUCAUAAACUAAGAGUGACGGUCAUAAAAAAGAAGAUUAAACUGUACAUUUUGUAUGAGCUAUAAUUUAGUUUUUUACGUGUGUGUACAGUAAAUGAUUGUUCGAUUAAAAUGUCACCCUCUGGAUUUUUGCUGAUGAUGCUCAGGGAGACUCUCACUCCUCUCUGUUACUGACAGCACUCUUGAAAGCAUGCUUCCCCAUGUUUUAUUUUCCUCCACAGGUUGCAUCACAAAGGAAUCAAAAUGUUUAACAAAUAUUGAGUUCACGUGAGAUGCUCUUGCUCAUAUUUAGAGGCUGAUUGAGAAAAACUAAAUUAAGGCCUUAAUAAAAUAAUAAAAUCAUUUUUCCGCACAGUA